CCAGUGCCAGUUCUACAGUUCGGUACAGUCUCUUUACCAUCACGAGAGUCGAGAGUGAAUAUCAGAGUUGUGAUUUUCCGUUAGAGGAUGGCCGCGAUGCUGUCCAACUGUUCGCGGUUUGUGCCUCGUAUAAGAACAAGAAUUAGUAUAUCACAAACGAAGGUUGUCAGAUCUUUACAUAGUCAAGGGCACAUACUAUUUAUCCACACCGAACAUGUGGUCAGCAGGAAUUCUCAAUUAUAUACAAGGUAUAAGAAAUUUCACUGUUGGAGAGAUCAGACAAGACAUGUUCAUUCAACAGCCACAUUAUGGGAAAUAAAGGAAGUUGUAGUACCAGCAUUCGCGGAAAGUGUAAGCGAAGGAGAUGUCAGAUGGGAUAAGAAAGUGGGUGACCAAGUUAAAGAGGAUGAUGUCUUGUGUGAAAUUGAAACAGAUAAGACCUCAGUUCCUGUACCAUCACCUGGCUCUGGUGUUAUAAAAGAGGUUUUUGCAAAAGAUGGUGAAACUGUAAAACCAGGACAAAAGUUAUGUACUAUUGAUAUUGGUGCUACUGGCGGAGCUGCACCAGCAACUGCAAAGCCUGCUGAAGCUCCAAGACCUCCACCUAGUACCGCAGCACCGCCGCCACCACCACCGCCUCCCCCACCACAGCCAAUACCUACACCACCGCCGCCACCUCCAUCAACUGCUGCACCUCCUUCAUCUGUACCACCUCCAGCAGCUAAACCCACACCUCCACAGGCACCUGCAGCAUCCAUGCCAGUUGCUGCAAUUAAACAUGCUCAGGCACUGGAAGGUGCGAAAGUACAGCUACCUCCCAGUGAUUAUUCGCGUGAAAUCAUCGGUACGAGGACAGAACAGCGAGUGAAAAUGAAUAGAAUGCGAUUACGUAUUGCAGAUAGGUUGAAAGAUGCUCAAAACACGAACGCUAUGUUAACAACGUUUAAUGAAAUUGAUAUGAGCCGUAUCAUGGAAUUUCGUAAAGCACAUCAAGAAGGCUUCACAAAGAAAUAUGGUUUAAAGCUUGGAUUUAUGAGUCCAUUUAUUGCGGCCUCUGCGUAUGCUUUGAAAGAUCAGCCAGUAGUAAAUGCUGUAAUAGAUGCCACUGAUAUUGUUUAUAGAGAUUACGUCGAUAUUAGUGUCGCCGUUGCAACGCCGAAAGGUCUUGUUGUACCAGUUAUUCGUAGUGUAGAGAACAAAAAUUUUGCAGAAAUUGAAAUUGCGUUGGCUGCUAUAAGCGAUAAAGCAAGAAAAGGAAAGAUAUCUGUAGAAGAUAUGGAUGGUGGUACAUUCACAAUAAGCAAUGGUGGUGUUUUCGGCUCCCUUAUGGGAACACCUAUUAUUAAUCCGCCACAAAGUGCUAUUCUUGGAAUGCAUGGGGUAUUUGAUAGACCCAUUGCAGUCAAGGGCGAGGUCGUAAUUCGUCCAAUGAUGUAUGUCGCUUUAACGUAUGAUCAUCGAUUGAUUGAUGGGCGCGAGGCUGUGAUGUUUUUGAGAAAGAUCAAAGACGCUGUAGAAGACCCCAGAAUAAUUUUAGCUGGUCUUUGAGCACCGUAAAUUUUUUCAUUGCAUCGCUUCAAAUACGGCUCUCAUUACAUCCAGAAUGUUUUGUACACGUUGUAUUAUAUUAUGUUUAUCGAGGCUUUUACUUAAAAACAUAUUUCCAAAUAAUUAUUAAUCAUUGUGAUAAACGAAAGUAAAAAAAAAACACUAUUACAUAAUCGAAGUAACAUAAAGUAUUUCAAUGUGAAGACUUUAUCUUAUUAACGAAGUAUUGUUUCGAUUCAUUGAUAUUUCAAUAUUAAAUGAAUUGAUCUUUCUACAACAUAAAUUUCGACUUAAUUAAACUGUUGUCCUUUCAUAUAUCAUACUUCUAAACUCAAAGUGACGUGCAAUAUAAAAGAGUUGAAAUGUAGAUUUUAAUAUUUUUAUGGGCUCACACUUGAAACGCGCUAUAUAAUUGAAAAAAAAAACUUAAUAUCGUCAAAUCGUAAAAGAUUUCAUAAUUUAUUUAAUAUUAUGAUAUUUCUGAUUUUAUAUAUGGCUUAUAUUAUUGGACAGCAUGUUUUUGUUAUUUCACAAUAUGUAAUGCAAAAAUUUCGUGUAUAUUUAUAUUUUUUAAAACUGAAGUAAAGCAGUAAACAAAUAUUGGUAACAAUAAUGUCAUUAUUUCUGAUUAUUUAUCUUAUUCUGAUGACCUUAAUUUGUGAGACGUCAUACAGAAGCGACAAUUGAAAAACUAGAAGAUAUUUUAUUGCAAAAAAUAAAUGUAUCUAAAUACUGAAAUAAAAUUUCAUUAAACUAAA